GAAGAAGAGAAGAAGAAGAGAAGAAGAAGAAGAAGAAGAAGAAGAAGAAGAAGAAGAAGAAGAAGAAGAGCGGCUCCGAGCGGAGGAAACACCGUGUUCGGUUUAUGGUCCCGGUUGGUUUUUAAACACACUUUGAAAUAAUGUCGACCCCGGCGCGGAGACGGCUUAUGAGAGAUUUUAAAAGACUUCAAGAAGAUCCUCCCACCGGAGUGAGCGGAGCGCCAUCAGAGAACAACAUCAUGCUUUGGAACGCUGUUAUUUUUGGGCCUGUGGGAACGCCGUUCGAAGAUGGAACGUUUAAGCUUCUGAUAGAGUUUUCGGAGGAGUACCCAAACAAGCCUCCCACAGUCCGAUUUGUGUCCAGAAUGUUUCACCCAAAUGUUUACGCUGAUGGCAGUAUAUGUUUAGACAUCCUUCAGAAUCGCUGGAGCCCCACAUAUGAUGUGUCAUCCAUACUCACCUCCAUCCAGUCAUUGCUGGAUGAGCCAAACCCAAACAGUCCGGCCAACAGUCAGGCCGCACAACUCUAUCAGGAAAACAAGAGGGAGUAUGAGAAGAGAGUGACGGCCAUCGUGGAGCAGAGCUGGGUGGACGUCUGAGCUUCUCUCGUUCUCUACUCAAUCCCUUCCCUCAUCCUCUGCUCAUUAUCCCAUUACUUCGAUAUAUAUAUUUUUUUUUUACCUCACCCCCCAAAAAACCCAACUAUAUCAGAAGAACUCAAGUGCCACUCUGAAAAAAAAAGGAGGAAUAAAAAAAAAAAAAACUCCAGAGAACAACCAAACCAGAACGGACAUAAACUUGCUUGCCAACACAUUUGAGGAAAACGAGGGAGGAGGGGGAUUGAUCUGUUCUUGUGUUCCUUGUCCUCCCUUUUACUUUUUUUAUUUUUUUAUUGCAUGAUGUGAAAUAAGUUAUUGCUAACAGAAUGUGUAAUAUAUCCUUGUUGUUUGGUUGGAUUUAGUUGGACUGUUAGUUUUUUUUGAGUUUUACAGAUUUUUCUUUUGAAAAUGUUCUCCUUUUUUUGGAAUGUCUGCUGGUGGGUACAACGUGGCUGUUUUGGAAAGGGCAGGUUGAUGACCACAUCAGUAUCGUAUUUAGAAAGUCAUGGAAGAGUCCAGAAAAAGCCUUUUUUUUCAGAGUUGGUAUCAUUUUUAUUUCUUCAACGUUGGCCACAGAUGUUGCUGAUAAAGAACAAAAGCUAAUCUGCUCCAGCAUAUCACUCUUAUUUUGAGACACUGUAGGUUCUGGGCUCACAGACGUCACAGGCUGCAGCAGUGCCAAGUCUCCCGUGUGCUGAUGAAUCAUGACUCCUCUGUGUUGUAAUCACCUCCGAGGUGGACGGUGAUGGAUGUAAGAGAGGGAGUGUUUAAGAGAAAGUAAAUCUUAAAGUGACAGCGUGACAGGAUAAACAUUUGACGGCAGAUCCCAGAAGUGAAGAUCAGGGUUGGUUGAAAUGGGCUGCGUUCAUUUCAAUCAACAUUUCAUCUUCCUUGAGUCGGCUUAUUGGGUCAAGUCUUGGUGUCGUUCUUUGUUAAGUCUUUGAAAGGAAUCUGACAGUUCAUUUACUUACCCUUAUAGAUCAAUCAUGGCUAAUCGAGCUUAAACAAACAAGAUGACAAGUAGAAAUCUGGAGGACUGCAUUGAAAAGCUUCUCCGCGCCUCCUCAUCUCAAGCUUGCACCCACAUGGUUAUCUAAUUUCACCCACCACACAAAUAGUGAAUGACUUUCCAAUGCUUUGUCGCCAGUGACGUGUGUAUGCCUGAACAAAGUGUCUGGGGCUUUUGAUCGUUCUCUUCGAAAUGACACAGCUGACACGUAAAUGAACCGGCAGAGGAUGAAAGAAGUGCUGUCCAGUGUACACACUGACUGCUGCAGAGGAGAGCACACUCGCAUGCAGUUCCCACAACGACCGUUCUACUCCAAAGUUGUUCUCACGCCUGCAUUCGUCUCCUGUUUUACUUGUGUGUGAUGAUCACCCAGUUCAAAGACCACUCGAAGUAUAAAUUCAUGACUUAAUCCAGCUCCAGCUAAAUAAUCUAUUGAAUACAGUCAUCAUGAAACAGUUCCCUCUUUUCUGAGACAGUAAAGGUCAUAUUGUGGUUAGUGACUUGUAUCACAUAAUAAGCAGAUGGGAUGUUAUGAAUUUUUGUGAAUUAAGCAAAAAAAAUGUAUACUUAUAACAAUAUGCUGUAUAAAAAUAAUAAAACACAUUUUUCAGAC